AUGAGCGACAACGUGAAUCCCCUCUACGUGGCAAGGUUCUUCUUGGCCUACUCUCAGAACCCGAGAAUCGCCUGGGAAGAGGAACAGCAGAGAGUCCGAAUCAUGGAAGUCCAAAAUGUAUCUAUUCAGGCAGGACUGGGUAAUCUCUCCUUGAUCAUGAAUCCGCUGCGGCGGCCCCCAGGCUACCGGGUGGAAUCUAUCUAUGGUCCUCCUCCUCCUCCUAUGUCUGUUCCUCAGUACCCUCGCCGUGGUCCUACUCUCGCUUUUCCUAAUCGCCCUCCGCCUGCAACAACUGCUCCCGCUACGACUGCUCCCGCUGUGACUGUUCCUGUUCCUGCUGCUCCUGCUCAUCCUCCUCCUGUUCGCCCCUACAUACGUCCUGUCAUCAAGGCAGAUGCAGAGGAGAUUGCUGAAAUCAUCAACUAUUACAAUUCAAGUUCUCCUUUCGACCCGGAGUACGAGGCGAUUGAGCCUAAGCAUGUCUGCAAUUUCAUCAAAACCUGCAAAUUGCGCCAACUUCCUUUCCUUGCUCUAGUAAAACCACCAGAUCCCUCUCAGACUUCCCAGGGGCCUCCAAAAUCGCAGGUUUGCGGCAUUUCCUACGUAGAUUUGUUCGGAGAGGAUACCCGCGAGAGGUCCCAUGGCGACCUGCAGGUGUACAUCCGCCCGGGCAUGACACGCUAUGGCUACGGUACCUUACUUAUGGACUGCAUCCUGUCUCUCUGUGACGAGCACUACCGUCGCAGAACCCAAUUUGAGUGGCGGCCAGUCGGGGACGUGCAGCUCCAGGUUACCCGACUGAAAGAGCUGGUUUGUGACAUUUCCUAUCCCGCUCAGCUGGAGAUGAAAUAUAUGUUCAUCUGGCAGUGGCUGAAAAACACAUUCGGCUUUAAGACCCUUGGCGAAAUGAGACAAGACCGAGCCAAGUAUGGCUAUGAGGACAAUCACCAUUGUGUUCACCUCUUCAUUAAUGCUGGAAGAAAAGAAAAUCCACCACAAGUUCCUAAACGCUACCAGCGGGUGCAAGCUCCUCAACGCGACCAGUGA